CUUAUGCCCUUGUGCGUCUAGUUUUGGAGUUGGUAGACGGACCGUACUCUCUGGGUGCUGCUGCCGCUUCUCCCUGUUGCUGCUGCUGCUGCUCCGUGCUUUCGAGGCCAUCUGGAGCUUUUCGUUUUGGGUUGCAGCGCUCACCAGAUGGCGCCCUGCCGGCAUGUGCUUGACACAAGCUUCUUCUCUUCUUGAGCCUCCCUCCCUGCAAGGCCACUGCCAUUCAUCCCUCCAGCCUGCUCCCAUCCUACCCAUCCAUCUGCUCCCCAUCAUCUGCUCCCCAUCCAUCUGCUCGCUUCCUCCCCUCGCUUGGCUGCCAUUGACCGCCAAUCCCCUCGUUCCUGCGCGCUCCUGCGGGGAGUGUACACCAUAGCAUGGCGCCAGUGGGCACUGGGUAGUGCUGCAGCAGUCUCCUCUGUCUGCGUGCAGCUGUUUUCAGCCUUUUCCCAGCAACCUGAUUGUCCUGACUCCUAAGCAGCCGUUAGAGCUCUUCCGGGAUGCUGUUGCUCCCUUGGCGGAGGCAUGGGGUGCACCACCUACCGUAUACAUUCACUUCACAUUGCCUCCCCACUCCCCACCGGCUCAUGAUGCAGCUUAGUCUUCUCUCACCUGACCCUCUUCCGAGAGUGUGUGCAGUUUCUGUGUGCCAUGCACACACUUGAGAAAGGGGUCUCUCAUUUAGCCUGAUAGUGGAGACACCGGCCCUUGGUUCCUGGAAAGGGUACUGGUAGGUUGAGUGUGGGUCAUUGAUUCUGCUGAUGGCUUAUAUGGUUUCAUAGGGUGAGCUGAGCUGCUGAAGCCGUGAUUGGUGAGCAAUAGCUGAGAGGGGUUUUCUGUGCUGCUUAUGUGAUGUGACUAACUUCUGCUGGUGAUACUAGCACCGUUUAGUGUACUAUACUACAAUUUGACACUGCAUUUAACUGCAGAUAGGUGUUUGUCUCUGUUGGCACGAGAAAUUGGACAUGAGUUACCAAUGCUUUAUUUAUGCUGCACGCAUUUUGACUGGUCCUGCCAUCCAAUCGACCACGCGUCAUCCUUUAAGUUCUAACUAGGAGGCAGUGGAUAUCGCCCAACAUACCUUUUGCUCUGCCCUUUCGCGCCCAAGGCUUUGCUUCCGCUCUCGCUGAACGAAGGCAAGUGUUCUGGUCAAGCAAACUGCUUGAUUCGUGCUAACAGUAGGGUUUUUACUUCCCGAGCCAAAACACCACGUAUAUCGCGUAGGCCAACGUGACACGGAAUAGAAAUCGCACUUUUUGUAUAAACUUCAUUAUUCUGGUACAUUUCCCCAAUGACAUUCUCUUGGACAGGGUAGUCUCGCUCCUUACCCUCGCCUGCCUCGUAAGACCCGCUGCGUAGGUCAUCAAACCGUCAGUGAUCAUCAAAAUGCGCGAGUAACAUUAGAUGCUCGGCUAGCCAUUAGAUGCUCGAGCCGUGUACCUUGUCACAGCGCGCCGAGCCUUUGAGAGAUCAGGAGCUGCCGUUCAGCCACCAUCACCGUGGAUGCGUCAAGUGGCGGGCCCUCCCUCCCGGGGGCCCUGCCCGCUGCCUUGGGAGCUGCUGCGCUGGACCCACCCCUCGUUACUGUCACAUCCGCCCUGUCUGGCGCCGCGGCAACGGACGUCUCAGGUGCUUCCAAGCACAAUCAACACCCACAGCAGCAGCAGCAGCAGCAGCCGCAGCGACGAGAAGAAGAGCAUUUAGACAACCGCGAAGAUGGUAUGACGUCGCCCGACGAUCACGAGGCACACCUGUUGCAACCGAAAGGCGCUCCGCCUGGGCAGGCACACGGGGGUCCAGUGAACGGGGUUGCGCUGGGAGUGGCGGAAGAAGACGCGGAGAUUGCGCAGGGAGUAGUGGGGGAGGAGGCGGAAAGUGCGCGGAGCGGGGGGGAUGGCGGGGGUUCUGUCUAUUUGGGCGAGGAAGCGGAGGCUGCGGAAGUGAGGGGGAAUUUUGUCGGGGAAGUGGGUGCGGAGGCGGUAGACGGCGGAAUACCAUCCGCAGCAAUUGUUGGGGCGGGAGAUGCGCAGGGCGAGAGCAACGGAGGCGGAAAAGGAGGGGAAAGAGAAGCACAGGGAAAGGAGAAUCCUGCAGGGGGAGUCGAGGGAGCAGCAGAGGAAGGGGGAGGGACGCGCGGGGACGGGGCGCAGGGGGAAGCGGGAGGGGGUUUAUUCAAUGCAGAGCAACGAGGAGAGGUGGGGGGGGGGCUAAUAGAACAGAUCGAGGGGGAAGAGAUUUUAGUCGAAGGGACCGAGGAGCCGGGAGUGAGAGAGGGUGGGGAAGAGGAGGCAUUGCUGGUAGUGGGAAGCACGAGGGGAGAGGCGACGGGUGGGUCUCAGAAUGGCGAGAGGGGAGGCAGGAAGGUGCGGUGGUUGGAUGACGAGGGCCAGACGUUGACAGACGUGCGGGAAUUCGAACCCAGUGAGUCAAGCAGCGAUGAUGACGACGAGCAUUACAAGGAGAGCAGCCAUAAAUGCAGCUGCGUCAUCCUAUAGUUUCGCUCACUCUGCUCCUUGGCUGAUCCUCCAAGUGCCACAUUCCCAGGCAUACCCACACGAGCACUCCCCUUUCCCCCUCCCCCCUCUCUCCCCUCCCUCUAGUUUCCCUCCUCUCCCUCUCUCCCUCUUUCCUUCUCCCACACUCAUGCCUCCUCUCUUUUCUCCUUGGUCAUCAAGUGCAUUCGUCUCCACUCUAAACCCCCUUCCUGUUGCCUCCAUUGUCCCUCCAAUCAUCGUAACACAUGGGUGAAUCGACUUUCAUCUGCGCGGACAUAAGCCAUCACCCGAUUUCCACCACCAAUGGUCGGCUGGUAUUAUCUUCUUGCCAUUGCAAUGGCCUGCUCACCCAGGCUCAAAUAAGGAGAGACGUAGCUCGUGGUUUUGGGUAGUGGUGAAGCUGCCUGGGCUUAGGAUGUGGGUGUAGUGACUGCAUAGAGUGGUCGUGGUGUCCUGUCCUCUGGUAUAACCCACGCAUUAGGUUAGACAUGCAGUAAUACCCGGUGAAGUAACUAUGAUUGUAAACAUUGACAGCAGGUGGUUCUGAGUAUUUUUUGUUCAUAGUACAGAUUUUGACUCACGUGGA